CUGGACAAUGAGAAGCGGUUUUAAACUGCAAAACGCUUGGAAUUCUAUUACCGAUUUGAUGUUGACAGAGGUUUGGAGGCAGUGGAGCUAUCUGAAGGGGGUAGAAAGGCCAUCAACCAUACCACAGCAACAACAAGAGCGUACAUAGACGAAAAUGUCGGAAAACUGGCAGCUUGUGCUGAAAAGCUCAACCCUCAAACCCGUACGCCUAAAGCCCGGUGAGUCAAGAGGUCCUACGGACUAUGAGACCAAAAACGGUCUUUGGAGGGGAUACACAAGUAACGGUGCUUACACCGUCGAGGGGCGCGCAGGGGCCAGGAAUGAUUCGUGGGUUCAUAUGAUGGAGCACAUAGCAAGAAUUGGCGAUAAAGUAAUCGACCUCAGUGACUGCAGCCUAUCUGUGGCAGUAAAGAUUCGAGAAUUCAAAUCUUCAACUGACGGGAAACUUGGUGCAGGGAUUGUGAUCCGCUUUGUCGAAGGAAAGAAUAAUAUCCCGCUAAAAGGCCUGGUAUUGCUCAAAGAGUCCAAUAAUUAUUACAGUAUUUGCGAAUGGCGCAACGUUGCUCUGUAUUGCGAGUGUUCCUUCGUGCCUCAGACUCUGACGGGCCCCAGCUAUAAUGGCUUUGACACUCUCAAAAUAACAGCUAAUGGGAACACUGUCCGCUUCAUGGUGAAUGGACAGCUUUGCGCAGAGAAAGAUGAUGAAGCGCCUAGCGAAUUUUUACAUGUGGCAAUUGCUGCACUGGGCCAUGGAACCUUUGAAUUCGAUGACUUGGAGCUCUGGCAGUAAUUUUUUGGCGUCUGCUGCUUUACUCAAGAAACAAAACGUGAUAUAUUGACGAUACCUAGGUCCGCUCGUAACAAGAACUUACGAGUCCUCCUAUAACGGAGCUUCAACCAUUUGCAAAUUUCGGGUCAGAAAAUACACCAGCCACCACGUGGCCAUCUGUUGCAAUCACAUACUAAAAGUUAUUAUCUACCUGAAUGAAAUUGCAUGUCUAAAGUUAUAAUGUAAUCGGCAAACGGGGCAUUCAAC